UUUCUCAAAUUUUUAAUGAAAUGUUUGUUUUUUUGGUGGGAAUAUUUAAUGAAAAUAUCACGAAGUCCAAAAUUGCCACAAGCUGAGAUUUUUAUUUUAUUUUGCAUCAUCAUCAUCAAUAUCAUUCAUCAUCAUCAGACAUCAGGUGCGUCAUAAGCUCCACAAAAAACUCAUCCAUGGCGAUUCUUAGUUACAUCUCAGCAACAUCAACCACACCACCAAUUCCUCAAGAUCAAUCUCCCAAUUCUCGUCUACCAACCAAAAUCAUUCUACCCAAUAAGAAACCUGAGAAAUGGUCCACCGGAGUUGCUCCCGGAGAGUACGGUGGUCCUCCGACUACCACCAAGCUCCGAAAGUACUGGGGAGGUGAAAAAGAAGAUCCCAUUACUUCCACAGACUUAAUCUGGAACAGAGAUUUUAUGGAUCAAAUGAAGAAAUUGUUUGAUGAUCCUAAUGAUUCUUCUCUCGACCCAUCUCCUUCAAAGGAAAAGUCUUCUGGGUUUCUGAGCUUUAGCAGAGUUAUGAGUCUUGACAGUAUGGAUGUUGAUUUAAGUAAAGAGCUUGCAUCGUCUUCUAAAUCCGUUGUGAAAAAUCGUCUUGACACCUCCAAGUCAGAAGCUAAAAAGCAAAUGAGUAAGGCUAUUGUGUCUCCUAAAUGGAAGCUGGCACCUACACGUCGUGAGCAAGAGAAAUGGGAUAGAGCAACGAAGGCUGCAACUGGUGGCAGUGAUGUGAUGUUUAGGGAGCUGAGACGGCCACGUGGUGACCCAGAAGUACAAGCUGCUAAAGACAGGGAACAAUAUUUUAAGCUGAAAAAUAAGAUUCAGGUUCUCACACUCGGUAUUGGUGGUGUUGGUUUAGUCUCAGCUUAUAUCUCAUACACCCCAGAGAUAGCACUUAGUUUUGGUGCUGGCUUGUUGGGUUCACUUGCAUAUAUGAGGAUGCUUGGUAACUCUGUAGAUGCCAUGGCAGAUGGAGCCAGAGGAGUUGCCAAAGGUGCAGCUAACCAGCCACGGUUACUAGUCCCCGUUGUGUUGGUUAUGAUAUUCAAUAGAUGGAACGCAAUACUUGUUCCUGAGUAUGGAUUCAUGCAUUUGGAGUUGAUACCAAUGUUGGUUGGGUUCUUUACUUACAAAAUUGCUACGUUCUUUCAAGCUAUAGAAGAAGCCAUCUCCAUUACUACUCAAAAACCCGAAUCAAUCUCUCCAGACACACAGGCCAGUGAUUAAUAAGGUCAAGGUCAGUGUUGUAAGAAAUGUAAUUAAACACAGAAGUGUUAAUGUAAUAAAAACUAAUAACUCAUAAACUCAUUCAUACCAGCAAAUCACCAAGAGAUAGAUAGCUAGAACAUAUAAAGCAAAUGCAGAAAGAGUGAAACAUAGAAAGUUAAUGACUUUGAAAUUUUUAGACCAAACCGGGUCCAGUGUUGGUUUGAGUGUAUUCUUCGUUGAGUUUGCCUUCGUAAACAUAACCGAGCUUCUCACAACACUUCUUAAUCUCUUUGACAUCUUUCUCCGAGCAAGUAUCAUCGGAAACAACAACGGUCGUUUCGUUUUCUCCCGUUUCAUAUUUGGCAACUGCUUGAUGAUUCAGAACUGCAAUCUUGACGACCUUGUCGUCUCCAAAAGUAGUGCAAGAAAUUACUCUAGCUUCCAUUUCUUUAUUAUUGUCUUUGGGUUUAUUACUCUGCUUUUUGGAU